GAUGUGGUUCAGGACGAUAAUCAUCUCUACAUCACAACCGCAUCCCAAGAGAAAUAUGUCUGUGUUUUACCGCAAAUUGAUUCAGUCACAUCGUUGGAUUCGCUGGAAAAGCGUACGGACUCUGAGUUAAGCGCAUAUCAAUUGCUGAAACCACUGUUCGCUCGUGAGGUGUGUUCCUAUCGAUUGGAACAGUACUGGACGUAUGAGAUAUGCCACGGAAGGUAUAUCAGACAAUUCCACGAAGACAGCGGACAACAGAAGACCAAACCUGAUGUGGUUCAGGACGAUAAUCAUCUCUACAUCACAACCGCAUCCCAAGAGAAAUAUGUCUGUGUUUUACCGCAAAUUGAUUCAGUCACAUCGUUGGAUUCGCUGGAAAAGCGUACGGACUCUGAGUUAAGCGCAUAUCAAUUGCUGAAACCACUGUUCGCUCGUGAGGUGUGUUCCUAUCGGUUGGAACAGUACUGGACGUAUGAGAUAUGCCACGGAAGGUAUAUCAGACAAUUCCACGAAGACAGCGGACAACAGAAGACCAAACCUGGCGCGACACAAGAGUAUUAUUUAGGAAAAUAUGAAUUAUCGCGACUCCCGUCGAGUGAACAACAAUUUGGCGCAUAUUUGCAACACUUAGUCAAAAAAGGCAAAAAGCGGCCAACGAUUACCGUCGAUGAGACACAGUUGCCGUACAUUGAGAUCAAUAUGACUGACGGAACUCUGUGUGACUUAAGUAACACAAAACGGUUCACUCGUGUCCUCUAUGUGUGUAACGAAGACGCGAAACACGAACUCUAUUCGAUCAAAGAGACGUCCACUUGUGAAUACGAGGCCAUCGUAUUGUCGCCACUCCUAUGCCUGUCGCCCGAGUUUCAGGUGAAGAACGCGCCCGAGAAUCAGAUCAGUUGCUAUUCGGUGGACAAAUCGCCCGCAAAGCCGAAGGGUCUGAAAGCGCUCGAAGACGAGGCGAAGAAACAACAGUUGGAAGUGUUGAAGAAUAAGGACAAAGCGUCGCCCUUUGCCGGCGGUAUAUUCGACGGCAAAACCAUAAUCAUCGGCGCCACAGACUUUGGCAAAGAGUUACGCAUUAAUAUCAUCAGCGAUGACAGUACGGAAGAGCCCGCGAGUAGUGGUCAAGACUUGGCCUCAAGGUUUGACUCAAAAAUAUUGCAAAACUUUUUGAGCGGAGAUUUGUGUUUACACGGAGGCACGGGUUGGUGGAGGUAUGAGUUCUGUUACGGCAAUAAAGUGGAACAAUAUCACGAAGAAAAGGGCGUCAAGAAAACGGUGAUAACGUUAGGCAAAUGGGAUAAACGAGAGCACAUGAAAUGGAUUAAUAGUAAUCCCAAUAAGAAACCCAAAAACAAUAAGACACCGAAACAGGUGUCGCACUACUAUUCUGGCGGCGAUUCCUGCGAUAUGACCGGCAAAUCGCGAUCCGUCGAAGUGAAGAUGAAGUGCCGCAACAUUUCAGGACAUCCCGAUUCCGUUGCCCUCUAUCUAUUGGAGCCAAAGACUUGUGAAUACAUAUUAGGAAUUGAAUCGCCGAUUAUAUGUCAACUGUUGAGUAGUGCCGAUGAAAACGGAUUAUUAUAUAAUCCGAGUAUUAAAUUAACGGAAGACACGGCGCCGAGCGAUGAGGAGGCCAUCGAUGAGACACUGCACUGAAAUUAAACACUCCUUUUCUACUAACUGUUGUACAAAGACUUGUUUUCCUGUAUUUAAUAAAUGAAUUUAAUAGAAA